UAUAUUUUCCUAGGUUAACGAAAUAAAUAAAAAAUAAACAUUUAAAAAACAUUUUAGUUUCAUAUGGCGUCACGCUUAUCGCUAUUUUUGCGAACUCCACGCAUGCAUGUGUGAGACCAGUGAGACAAAUCAGACAAAUUUGCAUGGCAACACUUAAGUUGUCUUUUGUUCUUUCGUUGUAUGAUCGCAUACGCCGGUCGCGGAAUACGCAGUUCAGUUCGUGAUGCAGUGUGGGGUCGUCUUGUGUUCGAACGUUUUCUGAAAAAAAAAGGAUCUACUUGAUUUUCAUCAUUGGACAUAUCACGUUGCAUAUCGCUUCGUGUCAGUAGACCUAUUCUCUAACUCGCUAGCGACAAUCCGGUAUUGUUAGUGUCGUUGCGCAUUUUUUUUUACUAUGGCAUGUAUAAUAUCUGCGCAACGACGCUGUAACGAUAUUGAAUUGUCGCUAAAGAGUUACAGAAUAGGCCUACAAGAGCCACUGCCGGGACUCUUAUGGACUGCAAAGGCCAGUAAUAAAAUAAUCAUUGCAAAAACACACACUAAUAAAGUAUUCAGAUACCACGAGCGGCUGUGUAUGUGUGUCUAUGUGUGCGUGUACAAAAAGGAGACGGGGGAUUGACCCUUGAAACUGACAAAGAGGAAGGGCAUGUCAGAGCAUUACGUCGCGUGCGAGAAGGAGAGAAGAUUUUUGUCAUUGGAUAUAUCAUUGCAUGUCGCUUCGUGUCCCAUCACGCUAGUGUGCAGGAGCCAUUGGAUUCUUACAGACUGCAAGGGCUAGUGAUAAAGUAAUCACACACACUAUUAAAGUAUUCGGAUUUCACGAGCGGCUGUGUGUAUGCGUGUACGAAAAGGAGUCGAGGGAUCGACCCUCGAAAUAACCAAUUUUUCUAAGGAAAAAUUUUUUAUUGCACCAUGUCAUCGCAUCAUCGCUAGCGAUUUGUCGCCACAUGAAUAUAUACUGGGAGAAAAGCGACAGAUACUUGACGCUGGCGUUACUUUUCCCCCACUUCUUCCAAGUCGCCAGCGAUUUAUCGCUGCAUGAAUUCGCAGCUUGAGGCAGACCCGUGCACAAUACAAGAUCACGCGCACGCGUAACACCGACCAGCCGCAGGAAGAAAUUCCCGCGGGAAGCGCGUCUGUACUAGCAGCCGCGGAGGAAUAAACUCCCGAGAUAAAAUCUUGAAGAAGAGCGAACGCACACGGAAACGGCCAAGCGCGCGAGCCAGGAGGUAUAAAAGGCCUCCGCUCGCGUACUCAGCAUCCAUUCCGCCACCUCGAUUCCGAUCCGAAACUCCUCUGGCCGAACAAGCGGUAAAGGUUCUUUGCCGCUGUCGAGAUACUCGACAGAGCCGACGUUCGAAAGAACGUAGUUUCCGUCUGCAAACCACCCCGGAGACCAAACGGCGGUAAAGGUUCUUUGCCGCCACCAAGGUACUUCGUGCUCCGGGCGAUCCCAACCAGAACAAGUCCCGCGACUUCGCGCCGGCCAUUAAGCCGAGAAACGAAAGACCGCACUCCGAGCACGAAUUGCCAGGCAUUUAAAAGCGCCGUACUAAGCUAGCUCACGCGUUCGCGCCGUCGGCGCGCCUCGCGCCCCGCCGCAUACCAGCGCAACUGCGCUUCGAAGCUCGAUCAACCGAAGUUCGCGGUAAGCCGACCCCGCUUCUAAGAAUCACAAGAUUCCCGCUUGGCUCCACGGCCAAGGCCGUUUGUAAAUCGACUGUAAUCCGCCGUUCCAAGCUAUUGUACUCUUUUCCGCACGUCGUUUCAAUAAUACCGCAAUCUCUAUCUGUACCUAAACGUAAAUGUGCCGUGUCACACUGUCAUUGUAUUAUCGCGAAUUACACUUGUACCGAAGUAUAAAUCCAUCGAUCCGCGCUCGUCGUCGUUUCUCUCGAUCACGGCAGCGCAGCUCAAAUUGUAUCGCGUACACGACUUCGCAAUAAACUCACACGCAGACUGACAAACCAACGUUUAUUUUCUCUCUUUCGCCUCGAACCUAUUGCAUUAGCCGAACUGCGAGCUAAACCCGCGCACAGCAAAAACGGAAUAACGGUUGUUUCACAACAAUUGGAAAGUACAUGGUUCUUAAAGGAAUUAUUCAUGUUCCUCGAAAAAAUGAAGAUUAUAUACGACAAACUGACGAUGAGCAUCAUGUUUGUUCUAGUUCUUUAUCUCAAUUACCGUUUAAUUUGGUUACUAAUGUUAUUUUCGGUUCUAUGCAUAUGUGUUACCUGGAAAUAAUGAAAAAAUUACUUUUGACGUGGUUACGUGGUUCUUAUACAAAAAACACAAAACUAUCAGGUGUUGAAAUGAAUGUAAUUUCAACUAGAUUAAAGGUUUUCUUGAAGUACUGUCCACGCGAAUUUGCACGACGCAUCGAAUCGCUUGAUGGCUGUGAUCAAUUCAAAGCUACUCAAUGGCGUCAAAUAUUGUUAUAUGUUGGAAUAGUUUGUUUCAAAGACGUUGUAAAAGAUUAUAUUUAUUAUCAUUUUUUUACUUUUUCAUGUUUCUAUGCGUAUUUUAGUAUCUAGUGUUUAUAACUCUAAUAAUAAUCUUAUUUUUUGCGAAAUGAGUAUAAAACAAUUUGUCUUACUUUCUGAAGACAUUUAUGGAUCAACUUUUUUUAUCGUAUAAUAUACAUGGCAUUCUUCAUUUAAUUGAAGAUGUAUACCGAUUUGGCCCUUGCGAUAGUUAUUAUUUCCACACGAAAACAACAUGAUAGCUUUUAGAAAAAUGUGUCGAAAACCACACCUUUCCUUGCAGCAAGUCGCUGCAAGGCGUGCAGAAGAAGAAUAUUGCAGACAACAAAAUAAAUUACCCAAUGAUUAUAUCAAAGUAUGGAAAAAACAUGAACAAGGGCCAUCAUUAAAUGCUGACAAUGCUUUUGAAACUGUACUCAAUAUAAGUUUUUACAAAUUUCACGUAUAACCAUUGGUUGUUGUUUGCGUGACGACUGCUGUAUUUUGUCUGAUUGAACUAUAUGUUGUGUACAGAAUAUUUUACGUAGAGGAAAUAAUUAUUAUAUUAUUGUAAAAAAAUUUCUUCAAGUAGAAGAUUUGUAUUCUAUUGGAAUUUGUUCAUCAUUAGUUGAUAUUUACAAGUGUUCUGAGUUAUCUAAUGAUUGUUCCUUUGAAAAGUAUAAAAUCUAAAUGUUAUAAAAUGCCUUAUUGGACUUGUCUCUCUAACGAUGAAGUAAUGCAAUAUGAUUUAAUCAAAGAUAAGUGUGUCGUUGCAAUUAUGGAAUAAUAUAUUUUUAAAAAUAAAGUGUAACUGAAUUGCUGUCAAAAGUGUUUCUAUUGAUGAUUAUAUCAAUUUCUAUCACCAAAACUUAUACGGAUAACAUAUUUUCACAUCAAACAAUAAACGAUCCACGGACAGGCCAAAAAGAUUAGCGAAUAAGCCACGUAGAUAUAAAACUACUUCAAGUGAAGACAAAAUAAAAAAGAAAAAACCUAAACCUCUUGAUGAAUUGAAGACUAAAAAGAAAGUGUUUUAAAGUAUACAAAAUAUUUCUGAUAAUUUGAAGUUACACAAUACGACAUGUGCGUCAAUUUGUGUUAAUGGAAAUGCUACCAUUACAAAACCACGUAUAAUUGAGGUACUUACAGUUCUGGAGAUGCUCUACAAAUUACAUACAAUCAGGAAAAGAAUAAAUCAUCAUAUACUCCAAUACCACUUAAUGGACCAAAAUUUUACAAUUAAGAUAUAUAUAAUAUACAAAAUAAGCAAAAUUAUGAAAAAAUGCAACCAAAAAGUGUUACGAUCGAUAAUUCAUGCCAUAUACAGAAGGAAAAUAUGCAACAAUUAUUGAACCCUUACGAAAAUAAUUUGGAACGUAUAUUCAUACGUGAAGCUUGUAAAACUGCAUCCGAAACUCACAUUACACACACAAGUAGAGAAAAUUUAGAACCACAUAAUGAAAUGUAUACAUUUACAAAUGAUCAAUUUCUUCAACGUAAUAACUCAAAUGAUAUUCAAGAAUUAGUUAUUCCAUCAUCAUUUCCACCAUCAGUUAUUCCACGGCCAAUUGAUCCGCCUCAAAUACAAUCUUCAAAUACUGCAGAGCUAUCAAUUAAUCCACGACCGAUUGAAUCAGUCCAAAUACUUCCAAAUAUAGCAUCAGCAAUAGAACAAAAUGUCCAGUUAUAUGAUUUACUCAACAAAGUAAAACAUGAAAUACAAUCAAUAAAUGAACGAUUGAAUACUAUUGAACAUAAAAUAGAGUUAAACGUUUUAAAUGCAAUGCCAAUAAAACCGCUACUUCUUCCUUUUUCUACAAUAGAAGCAAUACAAAUGUUUCAGAAAGAUACCGUCUAUCAGGAUGUCGUUCAUUAUUUCAAGUUUUUAAAUUGUAUUACACUGAAAGACAGUUUUCAUCAGUGUAUAAAAGAUGCGUUAACAACUGAAUUGGCGGACUUUACAUGGUGGGAAAAAAAGGAUAAAAAAUUUCCCUUUUACAAUACAGUUUUAUCCCAAGCAAUUUAUCAAGCUGUAGCGACAAAUCGAUAUUAUCCAAAGCCAACAAGAGAAAAAUUUCAAAGAGAGGUUGUCGGGUCGUUAAAAAUAGCCAAACAACGAAUUAUAAAUUCCAGGAGUAGACAUCCAGGAUUACCAGGAAAGUUAGAAGAAGCUGCAAAUGCAUUGUACAAUGAAGGUGCUAAUCAUGAUUUGCAAGCCAAUAGGUUACUACAAAACAAUAAUAAACGCGAAAUGAAGGACUCAAGCGAUGACAGCGAUAAUUCUUCAUCGUCAAAUCUUGUUAAAGAAUAAUAAUUCUCUCCUCUCCUCAUCACUGUA